ACUACUAUUGGAGCAAAGUGCAAAGUCAAUUGAGAAAUCGUCUGCCACCCCACCCACCUCGUUGGGCUGGGUAUCCUUCAUCUGGAGAAAUUUGCUCGGGCUCUCAGAUUCCGUUGGCCUUGGUUGGAACGGAAGGACCCUACUAAAUUGUGGGUUGGGCUGGUAAACCCAUGCAACAAGGUUGAUAUGGAUCAGUUCUAUGCCUCCACCACAAUAAUAAUUGUCAAUGGUACAAAAACACCAUUCUAGUACGCUCCCUGGUUGCAAGGAAAGUGGCCGUAGGAUGUUGCUCCUCUCAUCAUUGUGGCGUGCAAGCGCAAAUGGUGGGCUGUGUCUGAGGCCAUGAGGGACAACACUUGGGUGAGAAAGGUCAACCCUUCCGUGGAGCUCACUUUGAGCCACAUCAUCGAGUUUGUGGACCUUCGGGUCCGCCUGGAGCACUCCCAUCUUCAUUCGGAUGCGGAAGAUAACAUCUUGUUGAAAUUUGAGACCAACGGCGAGUACUCGGCGACGUCUGCAUACAAGGCACAAUUCCUAGGCUCCAUGUUGACCACCAUGAAGAAGACGGUUUGGAAGGAUUGGGCUCCCCCCAAGGUCAAGUUAUUCGCCUGGCUAGCGCUGCCAAAUAGGUAUCAGACUAUGGGCCAACAACAAAUGGGGAUGGCCUGAUUGUGGGCUAUGCAUGCAAUGAAAGAGACACAGGGGUGUUUGACGUUGCGAGUGUGGAGGAAUAUGGAUCAAUGGGCGAUUGAGUGUUGUAUCAUGAAGUGGCGGACCAACAUGUCAAGAACCAACACGCCUCACCGUAAGGCCAUGGCCACCCUCGCCAUGCAUGGCGCUUGGGUGAUUUGGAACGAGACGAAUGUGAGAGUGUUCUAAAAGACAACCGACGACACCAUUCUACAUUCUAAAGCUUACUAAGGAUGAGGCCAAACUUUGGGUCACCGCGGGGGCUAGGCACUUGGGUGCUCUGAUGUCGCGAGAGUAGUCGGUUAAAUCGCUAUUAAGGAUGAAGGCCUCCCGAGAGAGAAGACUCAUGGUAGUAUCAAGGCCACCUACGGGUGAAGAUUCCUCUUGUGGAAUUCAAACCAUCCUUGUCUCAAGACUUGGGGAAAGAACUAUCUCUUGUUUCAUCUCUUUCUUUGGAGUUAGAGUUUGCCCCGUAUCAUAUGCUUUCACUCAAAAAUUUAAGACUGUCUCACAAUACUAUUACUGCAUCACAUUCGUUACAAUUUUGUCUUUUUUGAAAGAAAAAUAAAUAAAGUCAAACUUUUAAAUGUUUUGAGCACUCAAUUUGGUAUGACAGAUAUAUAAAAAAUGGUAAAAUUGGCCGUGUCACCACAAGUCAAACUAUGCAAAAAUCUUUGCAUCACGUGUAUGGUUAACGUGUGUGUGAUUCCUUUUUUGCACAUCCAACAGAUUAAGUGACCAAAGUUUUUCUUCCUAGAAUCUUUUCCCAUACAGAAAAGGCUGCAGUCCACUUUGCUAGGCCACUGAAUUAAGUAAACGCAGGGUGGUUCGCCAAAAAAGAGUAAACACAGGGUGUAUGAACAGCACUUGAGUAGCCACAUGCUGAUUUCCAUUUAUAUUGCCAAAGCGCCACUCACGCACUGUACAUCAUGGUCUCACUAACUUUGAUCAACAACAACAAUAAUGUGCAAACAAUAUUUCAUUUCUCUAAGCAUAUGGCCGGCCCCUUGGUCGCUGGCUAACAUGGCUUUAACCCCAAAAGGAAUAUCUCGAAAAUAUAAAACUCGAAAAGGGAAGGGAAAGAAGUCUGAAAAAUCAGAAGCUUUUGGAGCUGGCAGUGGCCGCAAUCAUGGUGGAGAACCAUGCAUCCUGGACACUGAUUUCUUGCUGGAGGAUCGAACACUACUCCUACUAACCACCUCCUCGAUCGCUUAGAUAUAAAAUAGAGUGUGCAUGGCUACUUGAUUAGUAUUAUGGUGAGACAUUAUACAUUAGUAAACCAAAGCAUGAGUGGCGUGUACGUGACCUUAGUUACCGUGUGAUGGGCACGGUGGAUUAAUCAAUUCCGUACAUGGUGACUUUAAACGUGCGGGAGAUUUUGCGAGAGAAUCGUAGUUUCUUUAUGCAGGUGGCAUUCUUUUUCUCCACUGUAACGCCGAUCUCUGGGGCUGGCACGUAAGAAUUAUUCCCCCGGACUAUAUAUUUUAGGCGCGGAAUAACCACCGCCGACAGAGCUGAGUGAGUCCAUCGUGUCCUUCCAGUCCAGGCAAAUGGAAAUGCACAUGCUGCUUCCACUAGUUACCACCACGGUGCUCCUCUCGAUCCCAGCAUGGCAGCCGUUGGCCGCGGCGCCGGCGUGCCAGCGGAGGUGCGGCGGGGUGGACAUCCCGUACCCGUUCGGCAUCGGCCGCGGCUGCUUCCUCGACACGGGGGACAGGACCUUCGAGGUCACCUGCCGCAAAGCCACCGCUUCCGACGACGCCCGGCCCUUCGCCGACGGCUUCGAGGUGCUCGGCAUUGACCCGGGCCGCGGCAAGAUACGCAUCCGCAGCCCGGUCAGCUCGUGGUGCUACGACGGCGCGAGGCGGUCCAUGGGCGCGCCGGACACGUGGUCCUUCAACUCGACGGCGCUCCGCGUCUCCGACGCGGAUAACAAGCUCGCCGUCGUCGGGUGCAGCGCGCUCGCCUACAUCGGGUCGCAGGACGGCGCCGUGGAGAACCGGUACGUGGUGGGGUGCCACGCCGAGUGCGCCAGCGCGGCGUCGCUGUCCGACGGCCCGUGCAACGGCACAGGAUGCUGCCUCACGCCGGUGCCCCCCGGGAUCAGCUCCUUCGACGUGGCCUUCGACGACGCCUACAACAACUCCGCUGUCGCCGGCUUCAGCCCGUGCAGCUACGCCGUGCUGGUCGAGGCGGCGGCGUUCGAGUUCCGGGCGACCUACGUCACCACCGGCGCGCUCGGGGACGCCGGCGGCGUUCAGGUGCCGGCGGUGCUGGACUGGGCGGUGGGCAACCAGACGUGCCGGGAUGUGCGGCGGAAGAAGACGGGCGCGUACGCCUGCGCGAGUGCCAACAGCGAGUGCGUCGACGCCAAGAACGGCCCGGGCUACCUCUGUAACUGCUCCAAAGGGUACCAAGGAAACCCUUACGUCAUCCAUGGCUGCCAAGAUAUUAACGAGUGUGAGGAGAAGGCGUCGUACCCAUGUGCCAUUCGUGAUUCCUGCAUCAACACGAUCGGAGGGUACAAAUGCCCAUGCCCUGCACAAAAGCGAGGCUAUUCUGAUGGAACAUGCGAAGCGGAUAGAUCUAUAACUAAAUUGCAAAUCGCAAUAGGUUUUAGCAUCGGCGUGGUCAUGCUGGCACUGGGCAUGACCUGCACCUACGCCAUCCAAGAGAAGCGGCGGGUCGCCGUCGUCAAGACGCGGCACUUCCGGCAGCACGGCGGCCAGCUGCUGUUCGAGGAGAUGAAGAAGUCCAACAAGCAGGGAAUGUCCUUCACGCUCUUCACCAAGCAGGAGCUGCAGGAGGCCACCGGCAACUUCGACGAGCGGCACGUGCUGGGCAAGGGCGGCAACGGCACCGUGUACCGCGGCACGCUCCAGGACGGCACGGCGGUGGCGAUCAAGCGGUGCAGGAUCGCCGGCGAGGACGAGCGGCAGCAGCGGGAGUUCGGCAUGGAGACGCUCAUCCUCUCCCAGAUCAACCACAAGAACAUCGUGAAGCUCUACGGGUGCUGCCUCGAGGUGGAGGUGCCCAUGCUCGUCUACCAGUUCAUCCCCAACGGCACCCUCUACCAGCUCCUCCACGGCGGCGCCGCCGUCGUGCCGUUCGCGGUGCGCCUGAGGAUCGCGCACGAGACGGCCGAGGCGCUGGCGUACCUGCACUCGAUGGCGUCGCCGCCAAUCAUCCACGGCGACGUCAAGUCCCCCAACAUCCUCCUCGACGAGAACUACGGCGCCAAGGUGUCCGACUUCGGGGCGUCGUCGCUGGCGCCGGCGCCGACGGACGAGGCGCACCUGGUGACGUUCGUGCAGGGGACGUGCGGGUACCUGGACCCGGAGUACAUGCAGACGUGCCGGCUGACGGAGAAGAGCGACGUGUACAGCUUCGGCGUGGUGCUCCUGGAGCUGCUCACGUCGCGGAAGGCGCUGAACCUCGCCGCCCCCGACGACGAGAAGAGCGUCGUCGCGAGCUUCCUCACGGCGGCGAGGGACGGCAGGCUGGACGGCCUGCUGGACGCGCGGAUCAAGAGCGAGGUGGGGGCGGAGACGCUGGAGCGGGUGGCCAAGCUCGCGAAGCUGUGCCUGGAGAUGUCCGGCGAGAGGAGGCCCUCCAUGCGAGAGGUCGCCGAGGAGCUUGACGGGAUCAGGAAGGCGUCCUCACAGAACCCAUGCUUACUAGGUGAGGGUGAAGAAGCUCUGUCAGACUACUCUGUUGUGGAUAUGUGUGACUGGUGAGAAUGAUCAGACCUACUCCUUAAUCGCUGGAUGGAUUUGGAGGCGAUGGGGUUGGAGAUUCUUGAUUAGAUCACCAACCAUGUACUGCUCAGUUUGAGUGAGAUGUACAUUGCGUGGUAGCUUACUUACUAGUAUUAGGAUUAGUAAAGCAGGUUUGACAAAUGCACAGCACAGUGAUAACGACAUCGACAUGAACAUUUUUCUGUAUGAUAAGAACAUGCCCUGGAUAAUUGCAUUUUGUGUGCAUUUCCUUGAUCCGAUUGAGGGAUCGGGGUAUUGUGACUA